CCUGUUGGGGACAAUGCCAGAUUGUUUACAUCGGAGGUCGGUGUCUUAUGUCGAUCUCUGAUCCCUACCACCACCCCCCGUUGGGUAGACGUGACAGAUGAUGUGCGGCAGCACAUUCGUCAGCGCCUUACGGAUAAAUUUAUCUUGGAUUUGAGUGUUCCGUACAUUUCCCAUGCCGUCGAUGACAUGAUCAAGGAGCGGUUUAAGGAAUACCGCAGUGAUUUACACCAGCGGUACAAGCGGUGCAGGAGCCUCGAGGAGGCCGUAUUGACCGCACCGCCGCACGUGACCAUUGACGAUUGGCGGAUACUCUAUGAGAGAUUUUCGUCUGAGUCUUUUCAGAAGAGGAGCAAAAUAAAUUCUGCGAACAGGGGAAAGUUGGAAGUGAACCACAUAGCCGGUUCAAAGUCAUUUGUACAACUUCGUCGCGACAUGCGAGAUUCCGUCACUGGACAGGAGCCCGGACCAGUAGACUUCUACAGAGAGACUCAUUGUCGGCAGGCGACGGGAUCUUGGGUACAUCCUACAGCCAGCGAGAAUUGGGCGGCGAUGGACGCCAUACGCAGUCAGCCCACUCCCGAUGGUACUCAGCGGAGUGAGCCAGAGAUCCUGAGCGAGGUGCUUGGCACACGUUCUGGAUAUGUGCGUGGGCUUGGCCAUGGUGCCAAGCUCAUGGCACCCGCUAGAGUUGCAUCCAGCUGAUCCGUCGCUGGCGAGAGCGCCAUACGCCGAGCUAAUAUCGCAGAGAAAGAGGUUCAACAUCUACGGGGCGCCGUCGACGAGAUCAAAGACCAACUGGCGAGGCAGAAGGAGGAGCAUGAGAGGCAGAAGGAGCAGGAGAGGCAGAGGGAGGAGCAAGAGAGGAGGAUGGAGGAUAUGCGGGUGGAGCAUGAGCGAUGGAUGCAGGAGAUAUUACAGGUUCUCGCUGCAUGCUUACCCAUCGAUGCCCCACC